CUUUUUCUGAAACAGUACUACUGCUGUCCAAUAUUUGGCUGAAGAAAAAGGUAGAAGAAUGGCGGAGAUUGUGAGGCAUCCGGAUGAAGUAUACCCAUUGAUGAAGCUCAUGGUAGCUGCAAAACUCAUCGAGAAGCGGACACCAUUGCAGCCACACUGGGCCUUCUGCUAUACUACUCUCCGCAACGUCUCUCGCACCUUUGCUCUCCUCAUUCAACACCUCCCUACCGACCUUCGUAACGUCGUUUGCGUUUACUAUUUGGUUCUUCGAGCACUUGACACUGUUGAGGAUGAUACCAGCUUAGCUAUUGAAGUUAGAGUACCCAUCUUGAGAAACUUUUACUGCCACUUCUAUGAUCGUCAAUGGCAGUUUUCAUGUGGUACAAAGGCCUUCAAGGUUCUCAUGGACCAAUUCCAUCAUGUUUCCACUGCUUUCCUGGAGCUUGAUAAAAAUUAUCAGGAGGUGAUUAAGGAUAUUACCAAGAGGAUGGGUGAAGGAAUGGCAAAAUUUCUAUGCAAGGAGGUAGAAACACUCGAUGAUUAUAAUGAAUAUUGUCAUUAUGCAGCUGGACUUUGUGGAUUAGGCUUGUCAAAUCUUUUUUAUGCUUCUCGAAGAGAAGAUUUAGCACCAGAAUCCCUCUCCAUUUCUAUGGGUUUAUUUCUUCAGAAAAUAAGCAUUAUUAGAGAUUAUCUAGAGGACAUAAAUGAAGUACCCAAGUGUCGUAUGUUCUGGCCCCGUCAAAUUUGGAGUAAAUAUGUUAACAAACUUGAGGACUUUAAGUAUGAGGAAAACUCGGUCAAGGCAGUACAAUGUCUGAAUGAAAUGGUCACUAAUGCUUUAUCGCAUGCAGAGGAUUGUCUGACUUACAUGUCUAAUUUACAAGAUCCUGUUAUCUUUCACUUCUGUGCAAUUCCCCAGAUCAUAAAUAUGGGGAACUUGACGAUGUACUACAACAACAUUGAAGUUUUCAAAGGUGUUGUAGAAAUGAGACGAGGCCUAUGUGCUAAGGUUAUUGAUCAGACAAGAACAAUGGCUGAUGUCUACAGAGCUUUCUUUGACUUUUGUCGUAUAAUGGAAUCCAAGGUUGACCAUAAUGAUCCAAAUGCAACGACUACUUUGAAGAGGCUUGAAGCAAUCUUGAAAACCUGCAGAGACUCUGGAACCUUGAAUCAAAGGAAAUCUUGCAUAUUCAGCCGUCAGCCUAAUUACUAUAUUCAGAUUAUUUUCCUUUUCAUCAUACUGGCUAUUCCUUAUAUAUCAACAAAAAUACCUUAAGAGACCAUAGGUUUGAUGUAGAAGAAAAGAGAAGUCUAGUCAAACAAGUGGAACCAAGUUGUAAAUCUUUUAAAGAUGAUUGCUCAUAUAUUCAAUCUCCUGAAUUCUCAAUGUAGGUAAUGGCUGUCGAAUCCUUAUUAGUCUUGUUCCUAGUAGAUGUAUUCACUCGUCUAUAUUAUCCCUUGAACAUCACAAAAAUAUAUAUAUAAGUGAGAGAAAUGUAUCAGAAAGAAAUGAAGGAUCCUUUCCUUUACAUCUUUGCGACAGUAUUGUCAACGAGAAUGAAGUUGAAACAACAACUACGCCGUAUCCCAAGAAAUUGGGAUCGGCUAUUUAAAGUCUCACUAUCCAUGUCGCUACAUUUAAGCCUGUUUCAGUCCACGGAACUAUGGUGAUGAUGAGCUGAUGUAUCUAUGAGCGUUAUUGGUAA